CCCGUGCUCAACCCAAAAGAGACUACCUACCCGGCCGCGCACGCCGUCGGUGAAGCGUAGUAGCGCAGACGGACUGGCGGUAUAGGGCUCAGCCACGCCCGCUGCUUUCGCCUCACACGUGUUGGCUACCAUCUCGGGAAAGCGAUGAUGGCAUGCCGCAUCGCAUCCCCCGUCUCUCCUCUGUCCAUCGUCUUUGCCUCUGUCCAAAGCACAACAUGGAAAUCAACCUGCCGGCAAAAAGUCUGUUCUCCCCCUGUCCACACGGGUCCAAAUGCGGACAAGGGCCGGACAAGGGUUCGCAGUCCAAUGGCAUCGUUGAGCCGCCAUCCCAAGGGCGAGAAAAGCUGCACGCAUGGCGGCGCAGUUGCUGUUGCACGUCUCACGGCCAUUGAAGCCGUCUCGACAAUUCCGCCCCGCCGCCUACUCUCCGUACCCUGCAUAUUGCCGACCUACCAUCGACUGAGGUGCCUCUUCCAGCGUCUCUUCCUCCAUCCAUCUUACACUUGAACCCCCCUCCCAUGUCCGUGGCCCCCUCUCUGCUGCACCUCUGUUUUGCUUUCUUCUCUCCCACAGCCAUGUUCCCCCGUCCCCAAUGAUGCGUCCGAAUCUGCACACUGCCCCUCGUCCGCCUGGGUCGGUUCCCACCACGGCAGCAGUUCGCAUUUCGAUGCUCGUCCAGCUUGCACCUAGCAUUGCCCUUUCCAGACGCCCCUCGCUUCUCUUCUGAGAUGAGUCAACAUGUUGACUGGCCCAAGCCGCCCUCCGAUCUGCUCCCUCCUGCGUGCAUUCCUUGACGCCUUGUACCCAAUCCCAACCCGCCCGUCCUCGGCGGUUGCAGCAGCUCACCUGACCAGGACUCGUGAUCUCUAAUUCCUGACCGCUGCAUUAGCCAUGGCCCCGAGGGAAGAGAGAACUGUUGUCGUAGCCUGCCCGCUUGGGUACGGUACUGUAUACAUGAGCACUGCGUAGUGAAGAAGCCCCAGAGGCAAGGAGGGGGUGGGGGUGAGGGGGUGAAGUGAUGUCCAGACGCCACGCGCAAAGAAAUAGCAAUCGACAUGCACCCUCGUCUGCCGAUACAGACAGACAGACAGAGGAUACGUAGUGUGUGGCCCUGCAGAAGUACCCUAUCUACUAGGUAGCCAUACCCCUGCCCGCUGAAGCCGGCCGACAUUUGCCUAUUCACG